AUGCAGCCUCAGCCUCUCAACUACACCAAUGCCGCCAUCCUUGCGCCUAUGGUCCGGAUUGGCACCCUGCCAGUCCGAUUAAUGGCUCUGGAGUACGGCGCCGAUCUGGUCUACACCCCCGAGGUUGUCGAUAGGGGCAUCGUCGGCUGCGAGCGAGUCGUCAACGAGGACAAUGGAACAAUCGAUUACUUGUCAAAGGGCGUGUCGAUCUUCAGGACCCAUCCUAGCGAGAAGUCGAAACUGGUCUUCCAGAUCGGAUCUGCGAACGCUGAUUUGGCCCUUCAGGCUGCUUUGACUGUUGCUCAGGAUGUGUCAACGAUUGAUUUGAACUGCGGCUGUCCUAAGCGGUUCUCGAUUCAUGGAGGAAUGGGCGCAGCACUCAUGGAAGAACCCGAGAAACUCUGUGGCAUCUUGAAGAACUUGGUAGACAACUGUGGAUUACCCGUGACAUGCAAGAUCAGGAUCUUCCCCGACCGGGAAAGAACAUUGAAGCUCGUCAAGAUGAUCGAGGCCACCGGAAUUAGGGCCCUGGCAGUUCAUUGCCGGUACAGGGAUGAGCGGCCUCGUGAGCCCGGUCAUUGGGACCGGUUCAAGGAGAUUGUUGAUGCAGUUUCGAUCCCUGUUAUUGCAAACGGUGAUAUCAAGGAGUAUGCUGAUAUGGCCCGUAUCCGCGAGUUGUCAGGUUGUGCGGGAGUUAUGAUUGCAAGAGGAGCAGAGGCGAAUGUCUCGAUCUUCAGGAAGGAGGGUCGUUUGCCUCACAUGGACAUUGUCCGCCAAUACAUCCGCCGCAUGUUUGUCGAAGACACCAAAUCGCCCUACUACAGACCUCUCUGCGACGCCAAGAGCUUCAGAGCAGUCUGUAAAGUGUUUGAGAUGGAGGACGAGUUCGAUUCGUGGACCAAGAAGCAGGAGGAACAUGGGUGGCCUACUGAUCUGGAUAACCCCCCUCGUAAAGCUGCUGAAGCCAAGGAGAAGGAGGCCAAGGCGGCUAAUGUUAAGGCCAAGACCAAGAAUGAUAAGGUUGCGGAUGUGAAGAUGGCAGAGGUGGUUGCAGAAUCGACUUUGGGAAAGCGGAAGCAGGAUGAUUUGAAGGAGGAGGAGGAGGAGAAGGUGGUGGUAGCAACGGCUUCUGUUUCUGUUUCUGCGGGGGAGGUUGAUGGUACUCCUGCAGCAAAGAAGCAUGCUGCUGGGGAUGGGGCUUCUUCUCAACCCACACCUGCCGAUACUCCUCAACCCGACGUCGAGACUGAGGUCGAGACCAUCUCUACUACUUCUACACCUCUUGCAUAA